AUGUCAGAAAGUAGCGGCGAAUCACCCAUUGAACCCAGAUACCGCAGAAGUCAAAUGGAGGGAUUUGAACGAAGGUUGCAGAACCUACAGGAUCAAUUUGAAGGCAAGGUUAGGCCUUCCGCAGAAAAUCUGCUAACCUCUUCGCCUUUCACUGAUGAAAUUAUGGAUUAUCGGGCUCCUGCGGAUUUAAAAAUCCCGGAACAUGCCACCUUUGACGGGACAGGAGAUCCUCGAGAACACCUGGUCAGUUAUCAGGCUAAAAUGCAGCAAAAAGAGGUACAAACUAUUGAAGGGUUAGACGAGCAAGUGGCUAUCAUCUUUUUUAUGGAGUCGCUUCGAGCGGGCAAGUUGUUCAUUGAUCUCCACAAUGACCGCCUUAAGACAUACGUGGAAGCUAUCCAAAGAGCCAGUCGUCAGGCGGACAUGGAAGAAGCGGUAAGACAAAAACGGAGUCGGGCGGAACUUGAGCGCCCCAGUGGUACUGAGGUACGACGAGGAUCCGAGAGGGUGGGCGCUCCUCCCCCUCGUCCCACCAUAUCUCAGCUCGUUCACGAGGUCAAAGACACCCUACCUCCCCCUCCGCCUUUGAAACCUUGGGAUCAGCCUGAGGUCUUGCCUCCUAGAGGGGUCUCUUCAAAAUAUUGUCGAUAUCAUUGGUCAACCACACAUACUACGGAUGAGUGUUCUUACUUAAGGAGGGAGAUAGAGGCGAUGAUACAGAAAGGGGCCCCGCCUCCACCUAAUCAAUGGAGACGGCAUCCGCGUUCCGAUAAAACAAAUUCACGUUCUGACCGAGGGAAACAGCUUGCCUCUGAGGAAGAGGAGGCUAACUGGAAACACAAACCUGUUAUCAACAUGAUAGUAGGAGGACCGGAAGGAGGGUACUCGUCCAGCUCUCGGAAGGCUUGGGCUCGGCAACUGUAUGUGGAUACCAUCUACGGUCGAGACGAUGGCCUGAAAAAGGUAUGUCGUGAACCUAUUUUGUUUACGGAUGAAGACUUACCUAGAAGCCAACACCCCCAUCGGGAUGCAUUGGUCAUUGCCAUGGACGUCCAAGGCACGGUAGUCCGAAGAGUUUUUGUAGAUACGGGGAGUAGCGUAAACAUCUUAUAUUUAGAGGUGUUUGAGAGGCUGGGGUAA